AUGAAAUACACAAUUUUGAUCUUAGGGAUAUUUUCAGGUAUCGAAACAAUAGGAAGACAUAAAAAAUUACAAAAUGAGAGCAGGAUAUUUCAUGUUUUCAGCAUUGAUUACAGAUAGAAAAAUAAAUUCAAAGGGUCUAAAGAAUAAGAGCGCGAGUUUUUAGUAUUUGACUGUAAUAUAAUUAUCAUAAAGGAUAACAUUAAAUUAUUGAAAAGUAUGAGUAGUUAUUCAUGGUAGUCAAUUAUAACAAUAUAGUAAGAGAAUUAAAUUGAAUAACAGUUAAAAACUCUAAAUAUAGAAGAGAAGUAAAACAAUUAGACACCUAAAGCUACUAAGCAUAUAUCAAAAAAACUAUAACAUAAUAAAGCUAGAAUUUUAUAUUAAUAGAAACCAAAAAAAUUUCAAGAACAAAUAUGCGAAGAACAAAUUGUUGAAUAAACAAUAAAAAAAAAAAAAAAAGUUACUGUAAUAUUUUGGUUUUAUAAUAGUUUUAAAAUGUUAAUGAUGAGCCUUAAAAACCUUUAUUUAAAACAGUUAUAAUAGUGAAAGAGUUUUAAAAUUAAUUUUUGGAGGUAGAAGAAAUAAAUUAUGAUUAACAACAAUGA